AUAUUUUCUAGAGUGCAAGAUAUGUGUAAGAAUUAUGGAAGACGAUCCAAAUAGCUCAAAUCUAAGUGAUUUAGAGUCUUUUAUUCUUACAAAGUAUGACCCUCUGCUAACCAUUGUAAAGGAGCUAAAUGACAGUUUGCAAAAUUUAGAAAAAGAAAACCUGCGCCUAGAGCGUAGAAUUGUGAACUUGGAGCAAUAUUUGCUCAGUAGCAAGAAUGAAGACAAAAAUACCAAGGAGAAGUUUACGUUACCAUCUGAAGUCAAUCUUGUUGAAGAUGAGUCCGCUCUCUCCCUACCAUGGUUGUUCUCCUGUCAAGCUAAGACGCCUCUUUCUGCUUUGCAAGUAUUGCUUGAGUUUCAUCCGGAUAGUACUAUUGAAUUGGACAUUUCUACAUGGUUACGGGAGGAAAACAUGUGGAUAUCAUUAUUAGACGAACUUUUACCUAUUCUAUCAUUAAGUGUGGGAUCAAAUGAAUUGGAAGAGCUCCACAGCAUUCGUAGAAUUGCACGCAAAACACUAUUGGAGAUGAGCAAAAAUGAAAUUUUAAUCGUACUAAGAAAUGUCCCAGGGAAAGAUGAAGCCUCUAGCAACGCUACCCGUAUAACUUUAGUUGCAAUUUUGGCGUCGGCAAUUUCAGAAGCAUGGAAGAGAGUGGAACAGUUAAAUCCUCAUAAUAUGGGCAGAGUCUCCUUAGUUCUAGAGGGUGAUAAUAUUGGCACACGAUUGAGAGCAGGGACAAAAAGAUUUAGAAUAGAACCACUAAAUUAGUAUAGUUCUCAUUAUUGAUGAGGAUUUUUAUAAUGUUUAUCUAAUGUG